AUCAUGAUCAGCUGCUGCUGCUGCUGCUUUAAGGCCAUGGCGGCGGUGCGGCGUGGCAGAGCUAGCUGCUAAUUAAGGCCGGUCUUCGUACGUCCUUCCUUAAAUGCUUCCCAUAUACUGUAUAUCACCAACCAAAAGUCUACUCUCACUUUCUUCUGUCCAAGAAAAACCAAAAAGCUGCAAUCUUUCUUUCUUUCAUUUCAUCCCCGGCAACCGAUCCAUCUACGCGGAAUAGAAUAGAAUAGAAACCAUUAAAUUACACCCAUCCAGCUAGAUAGAUGAUGAGUCAAGAAAGAUAAUUAAUUAAAACCCAUCCAGUUAGCUUAGUUAAACUGCGCGCCAUUUUGAAUUCAACAUAUAUAUAUAUAGAUAUAUAUGGCCGGCUUUUUCUCUUUAGCUGGCGGGGGGACAGGAGGAGCCACCGCCAACGGCCAAGAUCACCGGGAAAGCGCCGCCAACGGCCAAGAUCACCGGGAAAUCAACCCGGAAAGUUGGUUUAUUUACAGGAAUGACGACGACGUCCAGGAAAUGCCCGCGGCCGCCGCCUACAGUAACAAUAAAGGGUUCGAGCUAUGGCAAGAUCAGCCGCAUGUCCGCCGCCACCUCAACAACAGUUACCCGCUGGUGCAGGAUCUCUACUCCUCCGAGAACCAGUCGAGGUCGGCCGCGUUCGUGGCGAUGAUGCGGUGCGGCGGGAUCAGCUGCCAGGACUGCGGAAACCAGGCAAAGAAGGACUGCUCGCACAUGAGGUGCAGGACUUGCUGCAAGAGCCGGGGGUUUCCCUGCCACACUCACGUGAAGAGCACGUGGGUCCCCGCCGCCAAACGCCGCGAACGGCACCAGCGACACCACCACAGCGAUAAUAAUCAACAAAGCCUUCGGCUCGAUAGCGGUGGCGGCGGCAGUAGCAGUAGAGAGUUACUAUCAACCCCAAAAAGACGACACAGAGAGGACGAUGAUCCAGCCGCAAUUACAACCGCAGGGUUGGAGCUGGGGAAUUUUCCGGGGAAGGUGAGCACAACAGCGGCGUUCCAGUGCGUGAGGAUGAGGUCGGUGGAUGACGGAGGCGACGAUCAGUACGCUUACCAAGCCUCCGUCACCAUCGGCGGCCAUCUUUUCAAGGGGAUCCUCUACGACGAAGGCCCCGAGGAGGCUCAGUAUCACUUGACACCGGCGGGGGAGGCCUCCUCCGGCUGCGGAAGUGCCGGCGGCGGACUUCAACCGCACCACCAGCAAAACCACAGCAGCUUACUCCUUAGCACGGCCGGCGCCGCUUCCUCGAGAGCUGCCACGGACCCGGACCAUCAUCACGGAGGGUCCGGGUACGUGGACCCCUCAUCAACUUAUCCGGACCCGUUCAUGGCAGCUGGUACGUUCUUCCCGCCUCCGGCAAGAUCUUAGCCCGGGCCCCACCGCCGUUGACUUUAGUCAUCGCAUUGUACAACGGUUGUAG